AUGGGACAGCUGAAAACAGUCUGCCUCACUCUUUUUGGCGUUUUUCUUGCGCGUUUUGCUUAUCAACAGUAUGAGAAAACGAAGAGACUCAGAAUCGAUCAAAGCCCCUUGUUUUCGGAGGAGCUAGAAGGGACAGUGAAGGAAUAUCCGGCGAAGAAGAGGAUUGAAGAAGUGGUGCCGGGCGUUUAUGCAGCGAUUGAUUACAGUCUCGCUUCUAGCCUUCUGAUAGUCGAUGAAAACCGCUGGUUCUUCCUUGAUUCCACCGAAAACUGCAACGUAAUGGAAACAAUCAUCGAGGACUUUGAAAGGCUCCUCGGUCGGCCAAAAGAAGUCACUGGCAUCGCACUCACUCACUUUCACCCGGACCAUUGUUUUGGAACCGGAUCAAUUCUCGCCUUUGCCGAGUCGCUUGACCAAGAAAGGGUUCCGGACAUCUGGGCGCAUGAGAAAUUCAAGAGCGAGAACGAAAAGUUUAUUCAUUUGUCUUACCUUGGUUUUCGAAGAGCGACCAGCCAAUUUGGCCACAAGUUGGAGAAAGAGAGGCAGAUUAAUGCGGGCAUUGGGCACAGAUUGACGCAUAGAGAUAAUGAAGUCUGCUAUGUCCCGCCCUCAAAAACGUUCGAAAAAGAAGUUUCGAUUCCCUUUGGAAAAUUCACCAUCACUCUUUUCCACGCUCCUGGAGAAACAGACGAUCAAAUCUCCAUUUUCAUCCCCGAAGAAAAAGUGCUGAUCCCAGCAGACAACGUCUACCCCCACUUCCCAAAUCUCUACCCGAUUCGCGGAGCGCCCGUUCGGUCUGUCAGACAAUGGGCCAACACCGUCGCCAAUUUCAGAAAGAUGAAGGCAGAGCAUAUGGUCGGCAUGCACAGUCCUGUUGUUCACGGAGCGAAAGAAAUUGAUGAAAUUCUAGUGACGUAUCACGAUGGAAUGAAAUUUGUCCACGAUCAGACUGUCAGACUGAUGGAAAAUCUGUACACGAUUGAGGAUAUUGUGGAAAUUGUCAAAUUGCCGAAAUUGUUGGCGGAACAUCCAUGGCUUGAACAGACGUACGGAAAAGUAGAAUGGUGCGUAAGGGGCGUCUACUCGGCAUACAUUGGCUGGUUCGAUGGAUUGCCCAGAAAUCUCCGCCCGCUGCAUCCAAAAAUCACUUCGAAAAAGCUCUUGAAAAUCGCCGACAAAAGCAAAAUCGCUGCUGAAAUUCAUGAAAGCAUCGAAUCCGGGCUAAACUGCAAAGAACCAAAUUGUGCUCAUAAAAAUCUCCAGUGGGCGCUAGAAUUGGUCGAUAUCAUGAUUUACUCAGAAAUCGAUGAAGAGGUGAAAAUUCAAUCCGAAUCGAAUUUCCACCCGAAAAAGCUGACGAAAGAAGAGUUCCUCAAAGCAAAAAUCUUCAUCCUCCAAGCCAUCGCCGAGGUCCAAUCAAAUCCGACCGCAAGAAAUUGGUACCUCAACGAAGCGAAUAUUCUAGCGACAAACAACGUGCCGACAAUAACCCCUGAAGUAAGACGAACUCACAUGACGAACUUGUCGGUUGACUUGAUUCUUCGAAGCUUUGAAACCAGAAUGAACGCCCCAAGAGCUCUUGUCGAAUAUGAACGAAAAUGCUUCUAUUUCAAUAUCGAUGAGAAAGAAUACAAUUUGCUGAUUCGAAAUGGCGUUCUUGUCAAUAUCGAAGAGAAAUGCGAGGAAAUUCACAAUGGCUUGAUUGGAACUUCGGAAAAAUUCAAAGAUUUGUUAACCCAUCCAGCCACUGCGGUCGCGAAUUUGGCAAAAGGGGAUUUGAAGAUUCUCGGCUCAAUAACCGACUUUGUUAAAUUUCUUACUCUUUUCAGACCUGUUCAUAAAUAA